UGGGCGUUGGCUCUCGGUCCUGCGUACUCGUUUGCCCUACUGGCUCUGGCUGACUUGAUCCAGCGACUUUUUUUCCUCACCAAAGAUUCGCCGUGGACAGUGAAGUCGGCUGAAGAGUUCUUGACGCACAUUCAGCAUAUUGACAUAGAGGCAGACGAGGUGAUGGUGUCAUUCGAUGUGAUCUCGCUAUUCACUUCCAUCCCACCUGCACUGGCUAUCAGCACUAUUGACGGCCUUCUUCGUAAAAAAUAUGACGAGACCGAGAAGCAACUCAAACGAGCGCACAUCAUCAAGCUCCUCGAACUGUGUCUUAAGGCCUUUUUCACCUUCAACGGCCAAGUGUACGAGCAGAAGAAGGCAACACCAAUGGGCUCCCCUCUGUCUGGACUCAUUGCCGAAACAGUUCUGCAGAGGCUUGAACAGCUAGUCUUCAUCUCGAACCCCCCCCCCAAAGUUCUGGGCCCGAUAAGUCGAUGA